AGUAAAAGAUCUCUUCCAGAUGAAUGGUGAUAUAUCUUUUACAAAUUCUAAUUAGUAUGGCUUUUUUCAGUAGUGAACCUCCUGUCAAUGAAAGGAAAAGUUCUUGGAUAGUAUCAAAUACAACGAAAAGAAGAAAGACAUGUCAAACGAUUACAUGGAGAAUCAAUCUUAAACACAGUUUACGUAAGAAUGUACCAGAUACAAAGAAGAAACCUAAUCAGAGAUUGCUGUCAAUACACCUGACCAAAAAUUCCAGCUGAUCAAUAGAGAUCAGACAGAUAGCUUUAGUGGUGACAAUGUCCGCCAACAUAAGUCAAGUGCUGACUCUACAGGAAAUAUCUCACCAUGAGUCCAAACAAAGACUGCCUACGGUUGUGUACCUUUGUGUUCUCAUUGUCCUAGGGAUCCUGGGCAACAGUGUUGUUUUAUUUGUGUACAUUUUUCGGUACAGUCGAUCUGAUCUACGUCUGUACAUCCUCUGUCUUGCUGUACUGGAUAUGCUUGCCUGCUGUGUUAGUAUGCCUGCAGAAUUGGUGGACAACUACUGGCCAUACAUGUUUUACAGCGACAUAUUUUGCAAAAUUCAACGCUUCAUUGGCAACAUGGCAAAGAUUGGUUCAGCUUUUGUCAUAACACUGAUGGCAAUCGAGCGUCACCGUCGUGUCUGUGGUCCAGGUUUCAGCCAUGCACCACCCAAAAACACUUACCUCUACUGCAGCAUUGCUAUUCUUCUAACCCUUCUUAUAUCGUGGCCUAAGGCAGCCAUCAGUGGCACUAUUGUUGAACAUUUCCCUGGCAAUGUCACCGGGUAUGACUGCUCUGUGACAGAUGCCGUGAGAAAUACUAAAAUACCUUUUAUCUAUACUGUGACUCAGCUGGUGAUUUUCCUGGUAAGUUUUGUGCUGUUGAUAAUUCUGUAUUCUCUCAUUGUGAGGAGUUUAUAUAAACAUUCUACACAGCCAUCUCAUACUGGCAGUGACAGAGGCUUAAGACUUGUGCAGAAAAGUAAAAAAGUCACCAAAAUCAUGAUGGCGAUCUCUGUCGCAUUUCUAAUAAGUUACCUACCCCAUUUUGUUAUUACCACCCUAUCAACUCUCAAGCAGACAAAAACCCUGCUGGCCCCCAGUCAGCUGGUCCUUGGGUCCUUACCCCUCCUGUAUCGAUCUUAUUUCAUCAAUAAUGUAGUUAACCCCAUCAUUUAUAUUGUUGGUGAUAGGCAAUUCCGAUCAAUCUGUUUUGAAAAGUUGUGUCCUCGGAGAACACCGGGAAAAUGCAAUAUUUUCCGACAAAAAGAUGACAACAUGGCAAGAAGUGCCAUGCUGACAGUAAAGCAUGUGAAUGAAUCGUAGUUCAAUAACUUGUAACAACUCAAAGAUUUCUAAAGAUUCCAGUAUCUAAGCUGCCAUCUGAGAGUAUCAUAUAGCAGAAUACUGGUAAAACUUACAAUUGAGAAAAAAUUUAUUUUGAGGUCUUACUGAUAUAACAUAAGCAGUGAAUGUCCCUGAGAACCUUAAGUCUGCUGUGUAAUUGAUAUUGUUAACAUAGAAUGUUGUACUGCCGUAAAGGUUUUGCGCAGAACUUCAGUGUUUUUAGUUUGGAUUUUUGAAAUGUUGAUAAUGAUAUUAUUUUGAAUUGGAAAAGAUAUUUUACUUAUUUUACAGUAUAAAAACCAUUAAAGUUGGUCCAGGUAGUUCCGACAAACUUGACACAACUACUAAGCCAGGUCAACAUUUAUCUCUGUAUCUUUUCAACCUUUUCGUUCUUUUUUUUUACCAUAAAAAUGAGUUACUUUAUUAAUGUGGCAAUCAAUCCCACUCGCAUAUAGAACUGAUCAGUUAAAUGGUAACCUACCAGUAACGUUAUUUCAUUGUCCAGUAAUAAGCCCAUCCCUGAACUUGAGUACGAAGAGAUGUCAUGACCUUCUUAGUAUAUAUAUGCAUGUAAUGCAGGAAAAAAAGUUAAGAUAAUCCACUUUGUAGAAAUAGUUUAUGCCUCUUUCAUUUUGCGAGUUUCUUCACAACUUUAGUGAGCCGAAAUUGUAAUUUACUUAUCAUAACAUGACUUCUAGGACAUUUGAACAACUUUAGAAGUCUUUCAUCUCUGUCAUUCACUGCCCAAAUAGUGUAUCCUCAACAGACUAUAUGACUAUAUCAUAUGCCUUUACAUGUUUACUUGAUAAUUUAAGUUGUUAAAAAUUUGACAAAGACUUGUCAGUGUGAACGUGACAAGGUCAUUUAGAUGAAUACAUGUAUACAUGUCUCUCUGUUCCUUAAUCACCCAGUUAUUCCACUGGCUUUAUAUCAUUAUCAGUCUGUUUUCCUGAUGAUUACAAAUGACCAAGUGUUUUACAAUUAACAUUGACAUGAUGAUGGCGUUACACCAUCAUUCAUGGCCACAAGGACUGUGAUAAUCAAAGGCCUUCAAUAACAUUACUUCUCUCAUAGACAUCUACACAGGAGAUGUUACAGACUUAAAAAUCAAUUGACAUGACAAGAUGAAUGUUUUGUUUGAUAAAACUGCUUUGUGCAUUAAUUUGGUAUUAUUUAGUAAGUGAUCAACGUCUGCUGAUAUCAGAUAUUCCCACCAUCAUCAGAUCAUUGAGUAUUCAAUCAAACUGACACAUUUAAGUACAAUCUUCACCAUUUAUCAGUCAGAGGUGUUAUUGGUAUCCCACACAUUGCUAUUCCCCAGCCACGUUAUCUUUCUCCGAUAUCAAACAUGUCAUUCAUUAGGGCAUGUCCUCACUAGUUUUAUAUACAAUUUAAUGUAAACAUUGGUCAGUCCAGAGAGAUUCAACACAUGGUAAAAAUCCUGCAAUAAAAAUCUAGUUCUAAGGUAUUAAUUUAACAGAAUGUACUUGUAUCUGCAAUACUGUUUGGCAAUGACAAUUAUUUCAAACUUUAUCUCGCAAUAAAAAUUUGUUUACUUUUA